AUGGCCACCGCUGCCUCCAGCCCCUACACCCUGCUCAGCUCCAGCCCCAUGAUCCACCCGGACAGCCAGGCCAUGCAGCCUGCUAGCCCCUACAGAGGGCACCAGAAACUCCUCCAGGGCGACUACCUGCACAGCGUCCAGGGCAACGGACACUCCCUCGGGCACCAGUGGGCGAGCAGCCUGUCGGAGGGCAGCCCCUGGUCGGCCUCCAUGGAGCAGCAGGACAUCAAACCGGGCCGAGAGGACCUGCAGCUCGGCAUCAUCCAUCACCGGUCCCCGCACGUAGCGCAUCACUCCCCUCAUCACAACAACCACGGCAACCACCCGGGAGCCUGGGGAACCCCGGUGUCCCACAACUCCUCCAUCACCAGCGGGCAGCAGAUCAACCUCUACUCGCAGACGGGCUUCACCGUCAACGGCAUGCUGGACCACGGGGGCCUCACGCCGCCACCCAACCCGCAGGGCCAAGGCAUGCACCCGGGCCUCAGGGACACGCUCAGCCCGGACCACAGCGACCUCGGCGGGCACCACUGCCACGACCACUCCGACGAGGAGACGCCGACGUCGGACGAGCUGGAGCACUUUGCCAAGCAGUUCAAGCAGCGGAGGAUCAAGCUGGGCUUCACGCAGGCGGACGUGGGCUUGGCCCUGGGCACGCUCUACGGGAACGUGUUCUCCCAGACCACCAUCUGCAGGUUCGAGGCUCUGCAGCUGAGCUUUAAAAACAUGUGCAAACUCAAGCCGCUGCUGAACAAGUGGCUGGAGGAGGCGGACUCGACCACGGGCAGCGCCAGCAGCAUCGACAAGAUCGCGGCUCAGGGGAGGAAGAGGAAGAAGAGGACGUCCAUCGAGGUGAGCGUGAAGGGGGUUCUGGAGACGCACUUUCUCAAGUGUCCCAAACCGGCGGCGCCGGAGAUCACGUCGCUGGCGGACUCGCUGCAGCUGGAGAAGGAGGUGGUGCGCGUGUGGUUCUGCAACCGGAGGCAGAAGGAGAAGCGCAUGACGCCGCCGGGAGAGCCGCAGCACGAGGGACCGUAUUCUCACGGCGGGAGCGCGGGGGACGCGUCCUCGUGCCACGAUCUCUGA